UUUGCCGUUACGGCAGACUGCCACCUCCACCUCCUUAAACGACUACCCGCCAACUUCGGACUUUUGUAAUAAAAACCAGAAAGAAAGGGGAAAAAAACGAGAAAGAAAGAAGACACUCUCUCUAACACACACACACACAGACUAAAACAGAGAGUUUGGAGCUGGACCUAUUCUUGGUGCUAUUUUUUUGUCCCAAUAUUUCCAAUUGAUUUUCCAAAGAUUUGUGGUUCCUACAAUUCCGAGGUUCAACAUGUUACGGUCCAAAUCAUCAAGAUAUGGGAAUGCUGAUUUUGGACAAAAGAAUCAUCCAUCAGUUCUUUCUAGGACCCUCUCAGCAUCCAAAUUUUGUAGAGGUGAUGCUUUAGCUUCACAAAUUGAUUCCGGCGCCCUUAAACCUGUUGGAAGAAGAUCUGUUGACAGAUAUCCCUCCAAGAAUCGGAUAAAUAGAGUUUCGACCAUGCAAGAACAAAUGAGGCAGGCCGAGGAUGAGUUGAAGACGUCAAAGGAACAAUUAGAUUUUGCUGAGGAUGAAAGAAGUCGAGCAUUCAAUGAACUCAGGGAGGCGAAACGAUUAGUUUAUGAGGCCAAUAUGAAGGUUAAUGAGGUAUUGUCCCCUAGGAAGACAGGGGAACUAAUGACAGAAGUUAAGAAUUUGAAGGAAUUGCUGGCUAAUUCACUGAAAGAAUUGAAGUUGAAGGAUGAGAAGAUUGAGUGUUUGAAGCUAGAGCUCCAAGAGGCGAAACAGUUUGAGUUUAAAUUGGCUGAGAGAGAUGCAUCAUUAGCCAGAUGGAAAGAGGAAUUUGAUAAAGUGAAGGGGUCGGAGGCUUAUGCAUUGGAUUUACUAUCUGCAGGUGAAAAGAGGAUUGAGGAACUAGAAAAUGAAGUUCAAAGAGGAAAUGUGUCUGAAGCCAAAAUGCUCGAUUCAUUAGCAUCCCAGACAAAACAGCUUGAGCAGAUUAAGAUUGAACUUGAAGAAUCUAAGCUAGAAAUUGCUGCUUUAAAUGAGAGGAUCGUGUCAUCUCAGGAACCCUCCAAGCAAAAUAGUAGUGAAUGUAAUCGACCUGACAGAAAGGGGGAAAAUGAAAUUUUGAUAGGGGAUGCUGGGAGUACAAGGUCUGAGCAAAAAUUGGCAAAGCAGAAUCUGUCUCUAGGUAAGAAGGAUGCUAAUAUUGCCUUGUCAAAUUCUAAGACUUCACUUGAUGAGAUGCAAUUACUGAAAAAUGAGCUGAAAUUGGCCAUUGAAGCUGAAGAAAAGAGCAAGAAAGCCAUGGAUGAUUUAGCACUGGUACUAAAGGAAGUUGCAACGGAAUCCAAUCAGGCAAAAGAGAAACUCAGCGUUGCAUAUUUGCAACUAGAACAAGUAAAGGGAGAAGCAGAACAACUGAAGGUUAUUGUAAGGAGCACUGAAGAAAGGUAUGAACAGCUUCUCGAUGAAGCCAAAAAAGAAGCAGAGCUGCACAGAAACACCGCAGAUAGAUUAAGGGUAGAAGCUGAAGAAACACUUUUGGCAUGGAAUGGAAAGGAAAUGGGCUUUGUGAGCUGCAUAAAAAGAGCUGAAGAGGAAAGGGCUGUUGCUCAACAUGAGAACGCCAGACUUUCUGAGUCUCUUAAAGCGGCAGAACAUAAGAUGAGAGCAGCAAGGGACGAGAGCUACAAACUGAGAGAUAUACUCAAGCAGGCUAUCAAUGAAUCUAAUGCAGCAAAAGCUGCUGCUGGACUUGCAAGAGAUGAAAAUUCUCACCUCAAGGAUAUUCUGGCCGAAAAGGAUGAAGCUCUGUAUUUUCUCACUCAGGAAAAUGAACGGCUGAGAAUCAAUGAGGUUGCAGCUCAAGAAAAUGUCAAGGAGUUAAAGCAACUGCUUUCUAUAGCAACAAGAGAUCGUAAAACUCAAAGUAAGACUGAGGAUGGGGUCUUGAGGUCCCAAAGUUUUGACCUUGGGAACAUUGAAGAUGAGACGAAACCUGUGAGAAAGAAUUUCAGCUUCAAUCUCAAGGAACUGAAGUUUUCAAAUGACACUGAAGAUUCCGACCAGACUAUUAGUCACGAGGAUCCUGAGAAGGCAGAGGCGCUCAAGGGUUCAAUAUUUGAUAGUUCAACUGAUUCGCCAAGAUCAGAACCCCGAAGUCCAAGACUAGUGCCUCAUCAUCGGAAAGAGUCUUCUUCUGUCUUUACAGAUGAUGGUGAUACACCAAUGUCAGAAGAUUUAGAUCAUCUAGACAAUAGUAACUUCGAUGAUUCAGAUAGUGAUAGAAACCACCGAAGAAGGAGAACAAUGUUUCGCAGGGUUGGAGAUCUCAUUAUGAGAAAAAGCUUUUCACAAAAGGGAAGCAUUAACUGAGUAGGCUUCUUUGGUUUACUUAGUGAUAAGAAAAGUCUGGUAAUAGCAAUAGUAAUUUGUAUAUUGCAUAGCAUACAUUUGUCAGAAAUGAUGGCCCCGGCUCACCUUUUUGUUUAGGAAUUUCAACUUCCAUUAUAGAUUUGUUGUUAUC